AUGCUCCACCGCGCGGUCUCCUUGCUCCUCCGCGCGCGCCCGCCGCUGCCUCCCGCCCUUCUGGGCCCCCACCUCCCCUCCCGCCUCCACUCCUCCUCCCCGUCCCCCUUGCGCUUCUGCGUCGUGGGCGCCGGUCCUGCCGGCUUCUACGCCGCCGAUCGCCUCCUGCGGCGCCAUGGCGACCGCGCCACGGUCGACAUCCUCGAUCGCCUGCCCACCCCCUUCGGCCUUGUGGCAUCCGGCGUGGCCCCCGACCACGCGGACACGAAAAACGUGACGCGGAAAUUCGCCCGGCUGGCCGAGGACCCCCGGGUGACGUUCUUCGGCAACGUGGCCGUCGGGAGGGAUGAUGUGGUGUCCGUGGGGGAGCUCAGGGCGCUGUACCACGGCGUCGUGAUUGCCCACGGUGCAGAGGGGGAGCGCCGCCUUGGCGUGGCCGGAGAAGACCUUCCUGGCGUCUUUUCGGCGCGGGAUUUCGUCUGGUGGUACAACGGGCAUCCAGAUGCGGCCAAUUUGGACGUUGAUCUGAGCUCUGUGCGUGAUGUGGUGAUCGUCGGGCUUGGGAAUGUUGCUCUGGACUGCGCCCGGAUCCUUUUGAAGCAUCCGAAUGAGUUGGCGGCCACGGAUGUGGCCGGGCAUGCGCUCGCUCAGCUGAAAAUGUCGUCGGUGUGCAGUGUGAGGAUUGUGGGGAGGAGGGGCCCCGCACAGGCGGGCUUCACGCCCAAGGAGCUCAGGGAAGUGCUGGGCCUGCCGGGGGUGAGAAGAUUCGUCAGGGACCGAGACCUGAGGCUGGGGGAGGGGGACGAGGUGGAGAUCAAGAAGUCGCGGCCCAGGGCGAGGGUGCACGCCAUUUUACAAAAGGCUGCCAAAGAGUCUCUGUUGAAUGAAGGAAGGGAAACGUCAGGCGAUGGGCAAGCCACGCAUGAGGAGAAAGCUGCCAGAGAUCCCUUGUCGAAUGAAGGAGACAAUUCAAAGGAUGGAAAAGCUCCUUCUGAGCAGAAGGCUGCAAUAGGCCCUGCAUCAAAAGAAGGAAGAGACAAGUCAGGCGCUGGCCACGCCCCUCCUGAGCAGAAGACUGCCGGUGAAGGCGGAAUGGGGGCACCGUCGAUGACAGGUGGGAAGUCCCUGCAUUUGCAUUUUUUGCGGAGCCCGGUGGAGAUGAUUGCCGGGCCUGGUGGGGCCCAAGUGGGGUCGAUGAAGGUGGAGGUGAACGAGCUGACGCGCACCAGUGAUGGAGGUCCAGCGGGGGUCGUGGGCACGGGCGUUUACGAGGAGCUGCCUGCGCAGAUGGUGUUGAAGACCAUCGGCUACCGAACGCUGCCACUGCCGGGGGUGCCCUUCGAUGAGAGGCGGGCAGUUGUUCCACACCGCGCCGGCCGGGUAGUAGGCAGGGAUGGCGAUCCAGUGCCUGGAUUGUAUGUGUGUGGGUGGGCCAAGAGGGGGCCCAGUGGCGUGAUAGGGACGAACUUGAUCGAUGCGGAGGAGACGGCGGGUAGCGUGUGGGAAGAUGCGGCAAAAAUGGAGGCACAGGGGGAGGCGCCUGGGGGCGGGGAGGGCCUGAGGCGGCUGCUGACAGGGCGGGGCGUGCAGGUUGUGGGGUGGGAGGGAUGGCGCACUCUGGAGGCGGCAGAGAUCGAGGGGGGUAGGAUAUUGGGCAAAGCGAGAGAGAAGGUCACGUCCGUGGAGGAGAUGCUGCGGCUGGCUCUGCAGGGUCGUGUCCUCAACUUUGGCGCACGCGGACUGGAAAAGAAGCGGUCCAUCGCCCCACCCGUCUGCGCGAGCGGGAUCCAGAGCGGCAACGGGCCCACUGGUUCCUGCCCCUUCGCAUCGGCCAUGCCGGGAAUCGCGAAGGAGGGCUCCCUCGAUGCCGUGGCCAGGACAUGCCGCGAAGUGUCUGAGCGCUGCACAUCCAUCAGGAUCGACCAGACGGCACUGCAACAGUUCGUGGCGGGGCUAUCCGUGCCAGAAAUCAAGCUGGCGGUCGCGCCUGUGGUGUUCCCUCUUCAGUUUCCAUCCAUCGAAGCACACGUGCGAGCAUUGGCCAUCUUCAUGAAGCCAAAUCCUCCUGGAACAUUGGACAUUCAACCCAAUGGUGACCUGCAUCGCGCUGUGGCGCAUGCUUGA